UUAGCAGCGGACACAAAGUCCAGGUCCUGAUGUCUUCAGAAGGAGUUGCUUCUGUCACCAGGUUCGACCGGGUGCGGGAGAUCCCAUACUAUGACCAGGUCCCUGUUGGCUCCGGAGGGUGGGACCAGGAUCUCCCCCCGCCACCAGCACCUAUGCAUGGAAAAAUGCAGGCUGUCAGCUUAGACCCCCUUCCCCCUCCCCCUCUACCUGAACAGCCAGCUGUUGGGCUUGAAUCUUUCAACCCCCCCAGCGAUGAUGAGGACAACUAUGACAAUGAGGAUCUUAAGCCAGUCCACCGCUUCGUCCCCGACUCUGUCAAGAAGUUCUUCCGUGGCAGUAGCAGUAAGCGUGGCAGCAAGGGCUGGUCCAUCCCGCCACCUCUACCUGCCCCUCACUCACCUGCCCCCUCGUCCAGGAAGAGUGCCAUCUGUCACACCACUGUAGGGGUCCCCUGCUCACCCCCCCACUCUGCCCCUCCAUCUCCGUCCCUUCCCGGCUCCUAUUUGGACCCGUACGGCGGCUCUGGGGGCAGCUACACCACUCAGAAGGAGCAGGACGGACUGCUCCUGGGCGCCGAAGCCCUCAACUCUGCCUCUGUAGUGCCCAGCAACCUGUCUGCCCUGACCUAUCAGGAGCGGGUGGAGGAGUAUCACCAGCGCUACGCCUACAUGAAGUCCUGGGCUGGCCUGCUGAGGAUCCUGGGGUGUGUGCAGCUGCUGCUUGGAGCAGCUGUGUUCGCCUGCGUCUGUGCUUAUGUUCAUAAAGACAACGAGUGGUUCAAUAUGUAUGGAUACUCCAAGCCAGAACUGUUUGGGGGGCUCGGUGGAGGUGUUGGUGGAUAUGGAUAUGGGGGCAGUUACACAGGCCCCAAGACUCCUUUUGUCCUGGUGGUGGCUGGUCUUGCCUGGAUAGUGACUGUUAUAAUGGUUGUUCUGGGGAUGACCAUAUACUACAGAGCCAUCCUUCUAGACUCUUCCUGGUGGCCGCUCACAGAGUGCUCCAUCAACCUGGUCCUGGCAGUGCUUUAUAUAGCAGCAGGGGUGGUGUACGUGAGGGACACCACUCGAGGUGGACUCUGCAACAUACCGGUCUUCAAUAAUGGACUAAACGGAGCGUUCUGUCGCACCGAGGCUGGACAGACAGCAGCCAUCAUCUUCCUCUUCUUCAACAUGGUGCUGUACUUCAUCAGCGCAGGAGUGUGUCUGAAGCUGUGGAGGCAUGAAGCUGCAAGGAUGAGGAAGGAGGGGCUGAUACAAGAGAUGAAAACUAGUGGAUCAUCAGUCCCUCUUUCUAUACUGGGUUCAGCCUCCAGGGCCUCAGAGCAGACUCCUCUCCCCACCGUCCAGCCGGACAUCAUGGAUAACCCCAACAACUCUGCACCUGCUCCUCUGAUGGUGCUGGCGCCAGAGAUCCGCCAAGGCCACAUACCAGCCGGACACAUCCCCAAACCUGUUGUUAUAGCAGAUUAUGUGGCGAAAUACCCCAGCAUCCACUCAGAGGAGGAGAGGGACCAGUACAAGGCUGUGUUCAACGACCAGUACGCUGAGUACAAGGAGCUGCACUCUGAGGUUCAGGCUAUGGCCAGCAAGUUUGAAGAGAUGGACGAGAUGAUGCAGAACCUUUCCUCCCGGCCCUCCAGCCAAAUGGAGAAGGAGCGGAUCAGUGGCAUUUUAAUGGAAUAUCAGAGGAAGAAAGCUGACCCGACAUAUUUGGAAAAAAGGGAGAGGUGUGAGUACCUGAAGAACAAGCUCUCUCAUAUCAAACAGAAGAUUCAGGAGUACAACAUGAACCAGACCAACAGCAACUAAACACUUCCAUGAACACACCUGGAUUCCAUAUGCAGUCUACAAAGGAAAACAUGCUCCUUUGCACAGACUGUGAGACUGUGUGAGACUGAUGUGAGAAGUGAACUGUGAAAGUAUCUCCCUACCAGGCAAAGGUCUGACUGUCCUCUGAUUGUAGAUGUACCAUUAUGACAUUAAGACAGGUGCACACACAUCACUGCUGUUAAAUAAUAAUGAUCAUUGUAACAUUGAGCACAACAACACCAGAGAGGUGUGG